CUUAUGGAGUCACCAAAAAGCGUCGCGCGCUGUGGACUGUGAGAGAAAUGCUAAGCUAAUUGUUAGAAAGCCGCACUUUACCUCAGGACAUGGAGCCGCAUGUCGCCAUGCUGCUCGUUUUCAAUAGCGAUUAGGGAAAUGCUACAUUUUGAAGAAAGGUUUUCCUCUAAAAAAGGAAGCGGCAUCGUGUGUCUCAUAUCGUAAAAUUCCUGAGGAGAAUUAAGGAGCUGAGGAACAGCAGGUAACAUUUCAGGUUUUAUAUUAGGGGUAGGGUUUUUUGUCGAAUAUCUCGACACAUGGAAGUGUCCAGUGUUUUUCCUGGAAUAGCCUCUAUAUGUUAGAGGUGUUGGAGUGGACUGAAUACAGUGGCUUGCCGAGUUGAAGACUUUUGGCGCGAGACUCAGAGAUCAGAAGGGCGGACAGUCACAGAGCCACUGGACCUCAUCAACACUCAGGAGCUUCUGACCGGUUGUUGAUGGAGAAGAUUUCGAAUGACAGCCGGAACGGUGGUCAUCACAGGUGGAAUCAUAGCUGCGGUCAUCUUACUGACUAUUGUUACGGUGCUGUGUUGCUGUAGGCUGCAGUAUUACUGUUGUAAGAGUGAUGGGUCGGAGAUGGAGGAGGAGGAGGAGGAGGAGGAGGAGCCUGACUUCACCAAAUCCUUACCCAGUUCAGCACAUCAGUCAGACUCUGCAAUCCACCCGCAUUCUCUGCAACCACCAAGCCCUCCAAGUCCUCCAAGUGUUUUGACUUCACCAAGCCCACUGAGUAUUAUAUCUCUUCCAGAACAAUCAUUCUCUAAGCAGUUUCUCACAACCGCAGAGCUUCACAAGCCCAACGGGCCGGCAAUCUGCAGACGCUAUAGCCCGGCUCUAUCCCCUGCUCCCAUACGCUCAUACAUGUUCUGCCCCUCAUGCUCUGGCCUACUGCCCUUCUACCUACCCCCAGAGCAGCAGGAAGUAAGGAACGGAGGAGGAAGGAUCAGCUACAGGAGCUUAGAGCAGCAAGAGUUAGACUUGCCUACAGACAUAUCGAGCUUUAACCAGCUUAACCUCAUACGUUCUAUAACUAUGAGGGAGGUGGUCACACACCAGAGCAUCAGUACUGAUGUGUAAUUCUUAUGAAGACCUGUGUUGAGACUUCAUUUACUAGAGCGGGUUCACGUUGCUUUUUAUCUGGAAAGGAUAUAAAGAUUUACAUGGGGUAUCUGAACUGUGGAAGUGUGUUGGAGGAUAAUUAACAAUAUAAACCUUGAUAGUGUUAAAAGACUUUGUGUUUAUGGACAACAACAAAGAAGAAUAUGAUAAUGAACCUGAGAUAUGCUAUCAAUAUCUGUACAUGCGUUUAUGUUUAAAAAAAAUGUUUUAUGGAAUUGUUGUAUGUUUUGUUUAUCACAAGACUAAUUAGACUUGUACAAGGUACACAAAUUAGAUAUAAGUUUAUCAGUAACAAUUAAAUUUUAAUUAAUUAAUUAAUUAAUUAAUUACAUUUUUUUAAAACUACUAUUAGUGACCGAAGGUGUUCAUAAAUAUGUAAAUAUAAUAAUAAUGACAACAACAACAACAACA